CCCUCCCCGCCUGUUUCGCCCGCCUGCCGCCGCUCCGGAUGAGGUGAUGGCAACGGCCAACUUCGGCAAGAUCCAGAUCGGGAUUUACGUGGAGAUCAAGCGCAGCGAUGGCCGAAUACACCAAGCAAUGGUAACAUCUUUAAAUGAAGAUAAUGAAAGUGUAACUGUUGAGUGGAUAGAAAAUGGAGAUACGAAAGGCAAAGAGAUUGACUUGGAAAGCAUCUUUUCACUUAACCCUGACCUUGUACCUGAUGAAGACAUUGAGCCCAGUCCAGAAAUACCUCCACCCUCGUCAUCCUCAAAAGUUAACAAAAUUGUAAAGAACCGGCGGACUGUGGCAGCUAUUAAGAAUGACCCUCCCCCAAGAGAUAAUAGAGUGGUUGGUUCAGCGCGCGCACGGCCUAGUCAACUUCCUGAGCAGUCAUCUUCUGCACAACAGAAUGGUAGCGUUUCAGAUAUAUCUCCAGUUCAAGCUGCAAAAAAGGAGUUUGGCCCUCCUUCACGUAGAAAAUCCAAUUGUGUGAAAGAAGUAGAAAAAUUGCAAGAAAAACGAGAAAAAAGGAGAUUGCAACAGCAAGAACUUAGAGAAAAAAGAGCCCAGGAUGUUGAUGCUACAAAUCCAAAUUACGAAAUUAUGUGUAUGAUCAGAGACUUCAGAGGGAGCUUGGAUUACAGACCCCUAACAACAGCGGAUCCUAUUGAUGAACAUAGGAUAUGUGUUUGUGUAAGAAAACGACCACUCAAUAAAAAAGAAACUCAAAUGAAAGAUCUCGAUGUAAUCACAAUCCCUAGUAAAGAUGUUGUGAUGGUCCACGAACCCAAACAGAAAGUAGACUUAACAAGGUACUUGGAAAAUCAGACAUUUCGGUUUGAUUACGCCUUUGAUGACUCAGCUCCUAAUGAAAUGGUUUACAGGUUUACUGCUAGGCCACUAGUGGAAACAAUAUUUGAAAGGGGCAUGGCUACAUGCUUUGCUUAUGGGCAGACUGGAAGUGGGAAAACUCAUACUAUGGGUGGUGACUUUUCAGGAAAGAACCAGGAUUGUUCUAAGGGAAUUUAUGCAUUAGCAGCUCGCGAUGUCUUUUUAAUGCUGAAGAAGCCAAACUAUAAGAAACUAGAACUUCAAGUAUAUGCAACAUUUUUUGAAAUUUAUAGUGGAAAGGUGUUUGACUUAUUAAAUAGGAAAACAAAAUUAAGAGUACUAGAAGACGGGAAGCAGCAGGUCCAAGUGGUGGGGCUGCAGGAGCGGGAGGUGAAGUGUGUGGAGGACGUGCUGAAGCUCAUCGACAUAGGCAACAGCUGCAGAACAUCUGGCCAAACAUCUGCAAAUGCACAUUCAUCUCGGAGCCACGCAGUGUUCCAGAUCAUUCUAAGAAGGAAGGGGAAACUACAUGGUAAAUUUUCUCUCAUUGACCUGGCUGGGAACGAAAGAGGAGCUGACACAUCCAGUGCAGACCGGCAAACCAGGCUUGAAGGUGCUGAGAUUAAUAAAAGCCUCUUAGCACUCAAGGAGUGCAUCCGAGCCUUAGGUAGAAACAAACCCCAUACGCCUUUCCGAGCGAGCAAACUCACUCAGGUGCUGAGAGAUUCCUUCAUAGGUGAAAAUUCUCGUACCUGCAUGAUUGCCACAAUCUCUCCAGGAAUGGCAUCCUGUGAAAAUACUCUUAAUACGUUAAGAUAUGCAAAUAGAGUAAAGGAGUUUGGAAUUAGUCCUUCAGACAUUCCCUUCUCCCAGGGUGGUGGCAGUCGCCCUGAUCUCUCUCCUUCUUACGAUUAUGACGACUUUUCUCCUUCAAUUACCAGGGUGAAAGAAUUGACUGUAAAUCCAGCUGCUGCUGGCGAUGUCCAUCCAAUAAUGCACCAUCCACCAAGCCAGAUUGAUGACUUAGAGACACAGUGGGGUGUGGGGAGUUCCCCUCAGAGAGAUGAUCUAAAACUUCUCUGUGAACAAAAUGAAGAAGAAGUUUCUCCACAGCUGUUCACUUUCCAUGAAGCUGUCUCCCAGAUGGUAGAGAUGGAAGAGCAGGUUGUGGAAGAUCAUAGGGCAGUGUUCCAGGAAUCCAUUCGCUGGAUAGAAGAUGAAAAGGCUCUCCUAGAGAUGACUGAAGAAGUAGACUAUGAUGUAGACUCAUAUGCUACACAACUUGAAGCUAUUCUUGAGCAAAAAAUAGACAUUUUAACUGAAUUACGAGAUAAAGUGAAAUCUUUUCGUGCAGCGCUACAAGAAGAAGAGCAAGCAAGCAAGCAAAUUAACCCCAAGAGGCCCCGAGCCCUCUAAGUUGGCAUUUGCUCCUAAAGGAUCCCGAGAAUCCCCAAUACUGUAACAAAUGGUGGGCCAACUGUAAAGGCCACUUGAACGUUUUUGAAAUCCUUUUUUUUUUUUUUUUUUUUUUUUUUUUUUUUUUUACGUUUUUGAAAUCUUAAGUGUGUGGAAAAUAUCUUGUCCUUCAUCUGAAUGACAUUUCAAUUUUGUGAAACACUCCUUUGUCGACAAACUGCUUCUAGACCAAGAGGCACAACUAAUAAUUCGGAUUAGUGAAGUAUUUUGUUUCAUUUGCCCAAAUAAAUAGUGACUGCUUUUGGAUAUCCUUGCCAAUUUUAUUUAAAGAUUGUGGAAGUAAUCCAGAAGUGGAAGAUAGGGGAAGCCACAGAAUUUCCUUUAACUCAGAUCAAUUUUCAUAGCAAGACUGAGCAAUUUUGAACCCUUUGCGUGCAUGCAUACCUCAUCAGUGACUGUACAUACUUUGCCUACUCCUAGAGACAGUUGUGCUUACUCAUCCUUCUGUGCCUUGACUAAGGCUAUUGACCCUAGAUUUCUAAAACAGCCAAGAUAAAUUACAUUCCUUGUUUGUAACUGUAAAUUACCUUUACUGUGUGUACAUUUUUACUGUAUUUGAGACUUUUUUUGUGUGUGACUAGUUAAUUUUGCAGGAUGUGCCAUAUCAAUUGAACGGAACUAAAGUCUGUGACAGUGGACAUAGCUGCUGGACCAUUCCAUCUUAUGUGUAAAGAAAUCUGGAAUUAUGUGAUUAUAAUUUUCUUAGCAUUUUCUUUGUAAAAAAAAAAAAAAACUAAAAUAUGAACUAGUUGGUGUAUAGUAAAAAGUAAAGAAAUUCUGAGAGGAGUUUUAUUUUAGGAUAAUACAUAUAUACAUAUGCAGUGUGUGUGCCAGUGGUGUUAACAAGACUAAUAGUGGAAUUUGAUCCUUAACAAUGCCAUUAUUUAAGUUGAAGUGUUUAUUAGCUCACCAAAAUUUAACGUACUGUUAAAGGAAACUGGCUUCUGAUGCAUGAACAUUUGUAUGUACACUGAAAGUAGUCCAUAAUACAAGUUAGAUAAGCCAAGCAUAGACAGUAUGUACCCCUGAGAAGUGUUGAUGACUUAUGAGGCAGGUUAUACCAAGCUCCAGCUAAACCUAGUAUGUGAUGGUUUUUGAGAAUCUUAUUUCGCCUAAUGGUUAAAUAGGCUACUCUAUAAAUGGCAGCACUCAUUUUUAGCUGCUAAUCUAAGAAAGAAAACUGGCCAAUUUUCAUGUAAAUAUUGUUUAAAGAUAUAUAUAUGUAUAUCUCUAGGAGUUUUCCCUUGGUUCCCGCUAUCUAGUCCAGUAGGUUAACCAAAGAAUCUCCCAUGGAUCUCUUAACUCUAGGGAACCUACUGAUGACUCAGUGAGCCGAGGGGAAAUCAAUGAAUAGAGUCAUGAGCCAGAUUCUUUACUUCACUAGUCAUAAAUGAUGAGAGUAGCUGUGAGGAAUCCUAACACCAUGGUGAAAACUCUGUAAACAUGAAAUCUAAAUCAAAUGUAGAUUUUUUUCACAAUAUGCUUAUUAAUAAAUGAAAUUUAUGAAACGAA